AUGGAAUAUGGUCCAGAUUAUGGCACCGACUGGUUGUAUUUCAUAGACGACUAUGGCACAAAUCAUAUUAUGAAUUUUUCUUCGAUUCCUCGUGACACCCAUGACAUGUUGUUUGGUGAUGCAUAUUUUUAUUUAUAUACCAGAAACAAUUCUAAUGAACCUGAACAGGUUGUGGUUCCUAAGGAUGAUGAUCAUUUUCAAAGUGUUAAUUUUAAUAAGCUAAAUGAUAUAAGAGUGUUGACGCAUGGGUGGCUUUCUGCUGAAAGCGUAGGUUGGAUACAGAAAACUAAGAACUCCCUUUUAAGAGAAUAUGAUUUAAACGUAAUUACGGUCGACUGGAGUGAACUGUCAAAAAAUAUAAUUUACCCUUACGCGGCCUUUAGCACUCGCUAUGUUGGAAAACGUGUAUCAAAACUCCUCGAAGCUGUAGCAGCGACUUAUAACGUCUCAGGUCAUCGUAUUCAUUUAAUAGGGCACAGUUUGGGAGCACAGGUUAUGGGUUACGCUGGUAUGUUUUCAAACGAGAAAGUAUAUCGUGUCACAGGAUUGGAUCCAGCACGUCCACUCUUUGAAGUACCAAAAAUGCCACUAGAUUUUUGUCUUGAUAGCAGCGAUGCCAAUUUUGUAGAUAUAAUUCACACUUGUGGUGGAGUGUACGGUUACAGGAAUAGUUACGGCCAUGCAGAUUUCUAUCCUAACAACGGCCAACCAAUGCAACCUGGAUGUAGCGGCGCUCGCCAAGUAGCCGGUACUUGGUUUCCUAAUCAAUGUAGUUUAAUUGCAGAUUCCUGCAGCCACGGUAGGUCACAUGAAUAUUUUGAAGAGUCGAUUGAAUAUAAAUUCGAUGACGGUUUCAUAGCUUAUCCUUGUGAGAAUUGGAAAAAAUUUGAGAACGGCGAAUGUACAGAGAAUCCUUCAUUCAUGGGCUAUUCAGCCAGCGCCGACAGUAAAGGAAAUUAUUAUCUUUAUACUCGAAAUGAAUCAAAAUACGCA